AUCUUUUUUGGAGGAAAUGGCAGAUCUGCUUCCCAAGCCUAAGCCUACCGAACGGGAUCAAAACAGUCGCAAGAUGGCCGGAGCAACACUUUUCGAGCGGGCCCAGGCUUUGUCUAGCGUAAAUCGCGAGGAGGACAAUAGCAACAGCAACACUCUACUCAAUAAAUUGGUUCGCGACCAGGAAGGAGCCGAAAACGAUGAGGAACGCAUACGAAUUAAAGAGCAGGGCAUCCUACAGCAGGGUGAACUCUACAAACAAGAGGGCAAGGCUAAAGAGUUGGCUGACCUGAUCAAGGUGACGCGUCCGUUUUUAAGCUCCAUUAGCAAGGCAAAGGCUGCGAAAUUGGUUCGUGCAUUGGUCGAUAUGUUUCUCGACAUGGAUGCUGGCACUGGCAUUGAGGUGCAACUGUGUAAAGACUGUAUCGAAUGGGCCAAGCAAGAGAAACGUACUUUCUUGCGGCAAUCCUUGGAAGCACGCCUCAUCGCUUUGUACUUUGACACCGGUUUGUAUACAGAUGCUCUCUCCUUGGGCUCGCAAUUGCUGCGGGAACUGAAAAAACUGGAUGACAAAAACCUAUUGGUGGAGGUUCAACUGUUGGAAAGCAAGACCUAUCAUGCACUCAGCAAUUUACCCAAGGCCAGAGCUGCACUGACUUCUGCCCGCACAACGGCCAAUGCCAUCUACUGUCCACCCAAGGUGCAGGGCGCCCUCGAUCUGCAAUCGGGCAUUCUGCAUGCGGCUGAUGAGCGUGACUUUAAGACCGCCUUCUCUUAUUUUUAUGAGGCCUUCGAGGGUUUCGAUAGCGUCGAUAAUGUCAAGGCCUUGACCUCACUGAAAUACAUGUUGCUGUGCAAGAUCAUGUUGGGACAAUCCGAUGAUGUCAAUCAGAUUGUCAGCGGUAAAUUGGCAAUCACUUAUUCCGGCCGUGAUGUAGAUGCCAUGAAGGCGGUAGCGGAAGCUUCACACAAACGCUCUCUGGCUGAUUUCCAGACAGCAUUGAAGGAAUACAAAAAAGAACUGGCCGAGGAUGUAAUUGUGCAGGCACAUUUGGGUACGCUCUAUGAUACCAUGCUGGAGCAGAAUCUUUGCCGGAUCAUUGAGCCAUAUUCCCGUGUGCAGGUUACCCAUGUGGCUGAGAGCAUUCAAUUGCCCAUGCCGCAGGUGGAAAAGAAGUUAUCACAAAUGAUUCUGGAUAAAAAAUUCAGCGGCAUUUUGGAUCAAGGUGAAGGUGUGCUCAUAGUCUUCGAAGAGAUGCCAGUUGAUAAGACCUACGAACGUGUUCUGGAGACUAUACAAAGCAUGGGAAAAGUUGUGGACACUCUCUAUCAAAAGGCUAAGAAGCUAUCGUAAAACAGAAAUACUUUUUCCAAACAGAACAGAAGAAACACUCUUAAAAACUCUUUCCCCAACUCCUUCACAUUCUCCUUUGAUCUUCAACAGAAUUCGCUAUAUAAUCUACUCUCUCCUCCAUAUCCCGAUAUUCUUUCAACGGAAUUCUCCAGAUUUUUUAUAUAUAUAAAAAGUAAUUUUUCUUUUUAUCGUUUUGGGUUAUUCUUGUGUUUCCAAUAGUCUCACCCCACAUAGACACACACACACACACAAACCAUAUACAAAUAGAUUAUUCAUCCUGAUUUUUCUAAUAAAAUAUCCAUCGGUGGCAAUUAAUAGCAAACAACAAUAACAACAGUAACUACAAAAAAUGUAAACCUAACACAUAAGCAAAAUUUAUUAUUCAAUGCGGAAUCGAAUUGUUUACGUGAGUGCGUGGUAUGAUAAGCAAAAAUUUUCAAUUAACUACUUAAUAAAUACAAAAAAAAAAACAAAAAGGUAAACAAAAAAAUAAAUAAGAAACAAAAAACCUAUAUGGUGGCAAAAACAGAAAUUUGUAUGUAAUUAAUUUAUAUUCUCGAUAAGACAAAACGGGGAUCUUUUCUGUUUCUAAUCAACCUAAAGCUUUAUCGCUAUAUAAGCCCCAGCAUCAGAUUGUCUCUCAGCAGUAGUCAGUUCCGAUUUCGAGAUGCGCUCCCAGCAAUUGCUAACGCUAAUCUUUGUCUUGAUGGGGAUUAUGGGGGCUUUGGCUUUUCCGAGUCCUCCCUACUUUCCGCCGCCUAUAAUAAGGAGCAGUGUGAAUGCGGUAAACAGCGAGAUACGCCCGGCAGGAGGUCGGUUUGGUUCUAUUCUCAAACCACCAAUUAUUCAUUAAAAUAUGCAACAAUAAAAUCUUUUUAUAAUAUGUAUUUCAAAAGUUAAAA